CAGUUGACGCUUUUCCGAAACCUCGUAAAAGCCAAUUUUUGCCAGCCCCACCUAAAACCAAAUCCCGCACGCGCCCAGCUGGCCACCUCGUGUUUCUCCACUGCCCCUACAACCACACCUCAACAUACCCUCAUCUCUAGAAGCAAACAGAAAAGCUACACAGACCGCUUCUUAGAAACGAAAAGGAGGAAGACACAAGAAGAAAAAAUGCCGAUAAAUCAAUCUUUCCAACUCCCCGCUACGGCGCAAGACCUUCCCCUCGCCGCCUCCGCCAAAUCACCACUCUACCUCGUCUUCGUAUCAUCCAUCCACCCAGAAACAGGGCUUUCGUGGUGUCCGGACGUGCGCGCCGCCAUGCCCAUCAUCGAAGCUGCUUUCAACAAAGACGAGAGGAAAGGACUGGAACUGGGCAUCGUGGAAGUGGGGCAAAGACCAGAAUGGAAAGAACCUACCAACGUGUUCCGCACACAAUGGAACGUGCACAAUGUGCCAUGUUUGGUGCGCUAUGAGCGCAAAGGCGAGGACGGGAGCGUGGUCGAGACGGGGCGGAUGAUCGAGGAGGAGUUUCUGAAGGAAGGAAAGUUGGAUGAAUUCCUUUCUGCGUGA